AUGUUAAAAGAAAUUCAAGAGGAAUUAAUAGAAUUCAAUCCUUUUGUUAAUACUUAUAUACAAGCAGGAAAUAUACAAGCAAGUCUUAUUUAUAUUUUAAUAUAUAAUAUACAUGGCAGGGAUAUGAGACAAUAUAAUUUACCAACAACUAAUGAAGUAGCAGCAAUUUGUUUUACUGAUACAGAAAUGCGAGAAAGAGAUAUUUGUAUUUAUAGAUAUGAUGAAAAAUUUCAAAAAAUCUCUGAAUUAAAUGGUGCAUAUGAUUCUUUACAAUAUUCUUUGCUAUUUCCAAGCAGAGAAUAUGCAGCAAACAAAGAAUGUUUAGAAAAGGAAAGCCAAAAAAAACUUUCUAAAAAUAUUUCUAAAGAUCCUGAAAUUUCUAAAAUUGAAGCUGAAGAAAGUGGAAUCUCAAAACAAGUAUCUAAUAUUGACUUUGAUAACUUACUAAAAAAAACAUCACAAAGUAAAACAGGAUUAUCAAGUUUUUUAGAAUCUGCAACUAUUAGAAAUUAUCUAUAA